AUGAAGCUGGUCACGUCGUCGAGCCUUGGCAGUGCUCCGGAUACUUACCUCUACUCUCUGGCUCAUAUAGGAGGUCACUGUCUUGCUACCAUCGGCUCAGAUGAUACGCUUCGGCUCUUCGACGCAGCAUUGAAGGGUACUGCUACUACUCAAGUACGGAAUGCUGGCCUGGCAUGUUUAAAGUCCUUCUCAGAUCAAGCCUUCAUCACUGCUGGCCGGGACGGAGUCAUCCGAUUGUGGGACAGUCGUGCAAAGCAAGUCGCACAACUUAACGAGUCUCAAGAUCGUGGCAUCUCUGCUAUAGCUUGCCACGAUCACAUCAUCGCCGCCGGAACAGAAAGUAACAAGGAGGGUCUAGGAGAUGUGAGUGUACUGCUAUACGAUAACAGAAGCCCUGCCGCACCGAUUCGGGACUACGACGAGUCACAUACAGACAGUAUCACACAGCUGGCUUUCCAUCCCUCCCAGCCCACUAUCUUGCUCUCGGGCAGUACCGAUGGCCUCGUCUCACUAUUCGAUGUCAAUCAGAGAGAAGAAGAAGACGCAAUACAGCAAGUCCUCAACCCGCGCUCAGCGGUCCACUGCGCAGGUUUCUUGACACCCGAUCAAGCUUAUGUCCUGACCACGGACGAGCAAUUCCUUAUCUACCCACUUCAGGAGCCUGUUGAGGGGAGGGAGCCACCGCCUGCCAUCGACUUUGGUGAUGUGAGGCAGAAGCUUGACUUACGGCAGCCGAAUGGUCAGCCAGUCGUUGCAUGUGGUCAUAACGUCAAACAGACCUUAUCUCUGGUUCAGCUGGACGGUCCAGAGCCAUGGAAUCUGGGACGGUCGGUACAGCUUCCGGGUGCUCAUGGCGAAGAAGUUGUACGGGAUGUGCUGUUCGCGCAGGAUCGGGUGUAUAGCUGUGGUGAGGACGGGCAGGUGCGGUUGUGGCGAUGA